AUGAUCGAUCAAGAUAUCUCCGGAGCAGAUCAUGUGGUAGACUCUCAGGAGGAUUCGAGCUAUCACUUCGUCAACCCCAGUGAUUCGACCCCCAUUCAGAAUACAAAGCCAGCAUUGGACUACACCAGUAAGACGUCAUACCCUCAAUUCGACAAUAGUCGUCAUGUCUACCAACCUGCUCUCGCACCAUAUUCCGCAAUCCCCCAGUUUUUCUCUUCAGACACACAACCACGUUCCUAUGAUGGGCUCUAUCCGCCGUCAAAUCCUGCAGGUGUCAACGCGACCGCUGACUCCCAAGCGUUUUACCCUCCAGCAAUGGCAACAAUCACACGUAGUAUCAGUGAGCCGUCGGAACAGGACUCUUCCACCGCAGAGGGUUUGAGCGAAGCACUUGGAGAACUGAAGAUUGACGAGAGUGGCACUGCUCCCUAUUUGCGAAGACCAAGCAGAAAUGUUGCCGAACCCGCAGCGCCUGUGCGUGACAAAGAAAUCGAGCUCCCGCCUUUAGACACCAGAUAUGGAUCUCAGAUCCGUAUACCUCCAGCACUUAUGCCAUCCGAAGAGGAAGCUGAACACUACUUUAAAAUCUUCUUCUCCGACGUGCAUCCAUACGUACCUGUUGUCAAUAGGAGUCAUUUCUACCAGCAGUGGCAGACCGACCGUGGCUCGAUAUCUCCAUUAUUGUUGGAGGCUAUGUUGGCAUGUGCUGGACGCCUAUCUGAUGACCCUGCCCAGGGAGCGCAAUGGCUAGCGUUGGCCAACAAGCAGGAGGACUCCUUCUUGGACACCCCUCGGCUGAGCACGAUUCAAGCUCUUUUGCUUUUACUCAAAGCUCGAGAGGCCGCCCCAAAAAGGGGAUACUAUUACCGUUCCUGGAUGACGUGUAAGACCAUUGCUGCAAUGGCCAAAGAUCUGGAGCUGCACGAACACCAUGAGGUGCAUAAGAAUGAAAAGACUUGUGGGUCGAGCCCCGUUGAGUGUUUGGCUAAGACUAGAGUGUGGCAGACGUUGAUGGUCUGUGAGACGGUCAUUGGCGGACCACAGGGCCGCUAUGAUUACGAGGUUGAUAUUGAGACUGUUGAUAUCGAUACAAGGCCACCAUGCUCCGAGAUUGAUCCUUUCGAGGCCACCAUUUCUCGUCAAUUCGCCUAUUUCGUGCGGAACGUACGUAACAUCCGUACGAUUGCGGAAACGUAUCAUGAAUUGAGGAAGACGGAAGGUUGGGGAGGUCAUCCUAAAUUCGUGGCACACAACCAAGCUUUUGACAGUUGGCCUGACGCUCUGCCUGAAGACCUACAGUUGAAUCUUUCUACUGACGGCACACCACCAUGGUUGCCCUCUCACUUCAUUGGGAACAUGCACGUUCACUAUCAGUUAGGACGCAUCAUGCUGCAAAGGCCUCAAUUGAUGGCGUCCAAGUCGUUUGCCGCCGAUAGUGCAUGGAAGCAGCAUAUGACAUCCUGUUAUACUUCAGCGAAAGUUCUCUGCCGCUUGCAAGAAGCUAUCAUCUCCCAAUUUGGCCUGCAAGGUUUACUGUGCAUGGUGCGAGGUAUCAACUUUACUAUCUAUGCAGUGCUCACCUGUGUCAUGCUGCAUUUGGUUGCCAUCACUUCACCUGAUCCGGAGCUGUAUGGCGACGCUCGAGACUUUUUCACUCGUCAUAUGCGUAUUCUAGAAGAGUGCAUAAAUGCAUGCCCUAUGCAGGAUAUGAAAGCUCAGAUCGACGCCUUGCGUGAAGCAUUUUCUGCAGACAAGGACAAGCCAUUUGAACUGAAGAUGUCCUUUCCAUACGGCACACCUUCGGAUUCUUACCAGCCAAGUCCACCCAUGGAAUCACAUUAUCCGAGACUUCAAAUGUCGGAUAACGAGUCCUACCGCCAGCAGAGAACUCAACCGUAUCCUCUACAAACCAUGACUCCUCCCGUCUCGGCCAUCUCGGGAGAGUCUGGGGUUGACUCACCUCUUUCGCAGCCAAAUCGAGGCACUGGUCCGCCGCCAAACAGCGCGAGCCAUUCCAUGACCAACUACGUGCAAGCAUAUCCUCAACCUUCAAUGCCCAGUGUUGAUGAGGCGCAAUGGAAUCCAACCCCAAUCUUCCAUCAUUGGAACACGGCAUUUUCCAUUCCACAAGCAGCAUUGGCACCACCACCAACCCCCAGCGCGACCACAACUUCUCCAGCCAUGAACUUCCCAGUGGUACAACAACAGACCCAUACACCGAUUUCGCCGUCCAACCCCAACCCCUACAUGACCCAGUAUGCAAGCUCUGCUGGAGGAAGGGUCACCUCUACUCCGCAGCCACAGCCACAGCCACAGCCACAGCCGCACGAGCAAACGUCUCAAGCACAACAAUCCAGCUAUCAAGGCACAUUCGUCUCAUCUAAAGAAUGGCAGCAGAGCGUCGCCAGCGUAUAUGAUCCUAAUGGGCUCAAGAGGAGGUGGAUCUAUGCUGAGGCGGACAAUCAGCCUCAGAAGCGGAUGAGGUGA